GUUGACAUAUUCAGUAAGCAGUUUUUGUUGAUCCCCAUCCACUUGGAGGUUCACUGGUCUCUCGUGUGUGUGGAUGUCAGUAACCGGACCAUUACUUACUUUGAUUCCCAGCGUACGCUGAACAGGCGCUGCCCGAAGCACAUAGCCAAAUAUCUGCAGGCUGAAGCUGUGAAGAAGGAGCGGGCAGAAUAUGUGGACGGCUGGAAGGGAUUUUUCAAGAUGAAUGUGGCAAGACAGAAUAAUGACAGCGACUGCGGAGCGUUUGUAUUGCAGUACUGCAAGUUCCUGGCGCUGGAGCUGCCAUUUUCUUUCGGCCAGCAGGAUAUGCCGAAACUGAGGCGCCAGAUGUACAAGGAACUGUGUCACUGUAAGCUGUCUGCGUGAAGGAGCAGUACCAGGCCCGAGCGUUUCCGGACUGAGCCAGAGUCCCCGCGGUAUUACGACAGAAGGGGCUCUCCGUGAUCUAUCACUGCCCCGCUCUGUGCCCGUACUGUGAGGGACAACCCCCUCACCAGGCUUUUUCAGCCUC